GCAGGUCGGACCCUUCAUCCGCCUGCACCCUCAUGCCCGUAUGGGUGCGCAGAUCGGCGGGGACCAGUAGAGGAGCCAGCCGCCAAUGAGCCCGGAUAGAAAACCCUUCGCAUCAGUGCUACAUGACCGUUUCAUCCCACCAGGAACAACACGACAGGAUAAGAUGCUUGACGGACUCCGGCGGAGGCAUGCCUCCCGGCCCUCCUCCAGACCCCUGUCACUCAACUUCAGCACCUUCUCUGCCCCUCCCCCGAGCCCAGACCUGGACAGCAGCAGUGAGCAUCCAAUCAGGAGGACUCUGCACCGGCUGAAGCUGAUGAGCUCCCCCAGCCUCAGCGAACUGGGGAAGAGCGAGAAAAGUUCACCAGAGGACAGAGGAGAGAAGCAAAAGAGGGCAGGAGCCAAUGCCACCUGGAACAGCAUCCACAAUGCUGUCAUCGCAGUCUUCCAGAAGAAAGGUUUAGCCGAUAACGAACUCUACGUCCUCAACGAAGGUGUCCGACACCUGCUGAAGACUGAGCUGGGGUUUUUCUUCACAGAGUACCUUCAGAACCAGCUGCUGACAAAAGGCAUGGUCAUCCUUCGGGACAAAAUAAGGUUCUACGAAGGUCAGAAGUUACUCGACUCUCUGGCAGAGACCUGGGACUUCUUCUUCUGUGAUGUUCUCCCGAUGCUGCAGGCCAUCUUCCAUCCAGUUCAGGGUAAAGAGCCCUCUGUCCGACAGCUUUCUCUGCUUCACUUCAGAAACACUAUAGUCCUGAGCGUAAAAUUAGAGGACGCCCUGUCUCGACCUCGGGCCCGUGUGCCCCCCUCUGUUACACAAAUGCUGCUUAUUCUACAGGGGGUCCACGAGUCGCGUGGUGUGAAUGAGGACUACCUGAGGCUCGAGUCCCUGAUUCAGAAGGUGGUCUCUCCCUACCUGGGCACACACGGGCUUUACUCUGGUGAUGGUACUGAGGCCAACUGCUGUGUUCUGGAGAAGCGUUUACCGUGGGGCUGGUCCAAGUCUGCGGAUCAACCGUCUAAAAACCCUGUGGUACGAUCGAAAAGCUACAAUAUCCCUCUGCUGCUGACCCCUGUGGCUGAGUAUGACCCAGAUGCCAGCUCUGUUGGCAGUGGAGGAAUUCGGCGCCACUCGGCCUGUGAGAUUAUAACAUGCCUGGAGGAACAAGGACUGGCCUACGCUGACUUGGCCUCAGGAUCUGAACUGUCUGACCCCUCCUCCAACAGGCUGUGUGUGGGCUCUCAGUUCAAUGGUAUGGUACAAGCAGGAGCGAGUGCCAUGGACUUGCCUCUCUCGUCUCCCUCUAUCCUCCCCCUUCAUUCCUCAGGAGCUCUGCACGGCACCGAGGCCACAACAACAAUGACUGAUCUCAGUAAGGGUGCAUCCUCCACGCCGCCCAGCGAAUCAUCCAGCCCCGAAACCAUAAUUGGACAAGUGCUGGAGUCUGCGGACUCAGACUCGGAUGGAAUAUUUAUUGAUUUCCCUCCUCACUCCUCAGAGGCGAUGGGGUACUGCCGUGAGAGCAGGCAGAGCACUGUGUAGCUGUGGUUGCCUCUAGGAGGGCACCUCCCGUCCCUCCUCCAGUGUGUACGGUAAUAAUCUGCAAGACAGAUUAAAGAAAUAUUACGACUACAUUUCAUUCAAAUUGGUACCAUCUUCAUUUCUUACAAGUCCAUUCCAAGUGCUUUCACUGGUGAAUGAAAACCUUGCAACUCUUAAUGUUGCUUGCUCUUAAUGUCAACUUUUUAAGAACUUAGAAAAACAUCUUGGUUCGACGAAAUACGAAGCAAAAUAGGAUUUAAAGGACUGAAAUGUUUAAUGUGGUUUUAAACUUGAGGACACCGUAGUUGUGACCUUAUCUUUUUUAUUCAGAGUUUUCAAAUGUUUUCAUAAACCCAAAUAAAUCACAUUCUUUUGUUGAAGGAUAAUUUAACUGAUAUUCUAUAUUUCUCUUAUUGACAAAAAAAUAACAUGAAAAGACCGGAAUCCACAAAUAAUUAUUUCCAACAAGAUUUGCCUUUGUAGCCAAAGUCUUAUUUAUGUUCCCACACUGCCACAUACAUUCAUUUUUGUCUAAAAACAUUUUCUUGUUUCUUCAUUAUGAUGAACAUGGACACAAUGAUGUACCUAAAUCUGAAUAUGUUAUUUGGGAAAGCACAAAUAAUGUGAUAGAAACAGAUAUUUAUUCAAUCAAAAGUUGCUCACUUAAAAAAGCCAUGAUUGACUAUAUUUCAAUUAAUUAUACGUCAAUAAUAAAUUGUUUGAUGAUUUGUAUGCACAAAAAUUGCAUUGACAAUGUAUAUUAGGUAAGAAAGUACAAGAUAAGACUUCUCUUUCCCAGCCCUUUAUCUGAAUAUAGAUACAGGGAUGGUCAUUUUGUUGGUUGAACAACUGCAGAAACAAAUACAGAUACUCUCUGUAGACCUCUAAUAGGCACGGCCAUUUAUUUUGACUCAGUACCACAUUCACAUUUGUUAUUAUAAAUACUCACUAGAUCAUCAAAUGUGUAUCAAUCUGUGGCAAACAAUAUUCCCCAAUGAUACAGCAAAUGUAAUGUAAUUCAUUGAAUACAGUGUCCAGAUCUAUGUAUCAUUAUGUAUGUGAACUCCAUAUUUGUGACCCAAAGAGUUUAUGGCUUUACCAGGCUUUUCAGGCUUGUGUCUGAAAGUCAAAGACAUACUUAGAAAGUAAUUUAGACUAAGGCACUGGUGGUUUUGGUCUUUUCAUGAGAUUUGCGAACAAAAAUAUACAAUAUAGUCCUUAUCCUUUAACCCGUAGAGUGUGUAGGUUAAAAUUGUAGUUCUGAGGUUUCAAACAGCAUCAGUUUCUUAUCUCUGCUGAGGAGAGGUUAACGCCUCCAUUCACAUGGAAAAGUGACAGAAACUUAAAUAUUUAUCAUGGAUUUGAUUUGUGUAUUUUGAAUGUCACAACAGUUUUGUAUUUUAUGUUUACGCUUUGUUUUCUGCCUUUUGGCAGUAACAGUAAUGGGGUCUUCUCUCUCUUUUGUACGACAUCUUAUUAAAAUGUGGACUGUUGUUGUUUUAAUGUCGGCGCCGGUCAUAGAGGUCUAAUGCAAACUUGUCUUAGAGCAAACAUCAGUGUGACAGCAUUUCUUUUAUGCAUUAGCUCUGUACAGCAGCAGUUUGAGGAAUGACAAUGUUUAUUGUUUACAUUUGAUAAAGACAUGAACAUGACUGAAUGUCGUCUCACACACUGUAUUUUGCACCACCACUACUUUGUAAAUAAAAAUGCAUUGUUGGUUUUUAGGACAGCUAGAUAGUGUAAAGUGAGCUUUUACCUUUAAAUGAAUUGAGAUUUUA